UGGUCAAGAUUGAUGUCACUCGAGAGAGGACGGGCAAAGCAACUCCCAGUUGUCUGUUCAUUCGUCAAGGUACAUGUCAAUCACCUGACGAAGUCGGAAGUGGUGAGGAAUUGCUGAAGCAACAUGGAGGAAGCCACAGAGGAUGGAGGUAACCUGGCUGGGGUCCAGCACAUUGUCGUGGUGCUAUCGGGGAAGGGGGGCGUAGGGAAGAGCACCAUCUCAACAGAGCUGGCUUUGGCUCUGCAUCACACUGGGAAAAAGGUUGGGAUCCUGGACGUAGACCUCUGUGGCCCCAGCAUCCCGCGCAUGCUCAAUGUGCAGGACCGAGAUGUUCACCAGUGCGACGGUGGCUGGGUGCCGGUCUUUGUCGACCAAGACAAAAGCAUUGCCGUCAUGUCCAUUGGCUUCCUUCUGGAAAAGCCAGACGAUGCCAUAAUAUGGAGAGGACCAAAGAAAAAUGCUUUGAUCAAACAGUUUGUCUCCGAUGUCGCCUGGGGAGAACUUGACUUCUUGAUUGUGGAUACACCCCCUGGCACAUCCGAUGAGCAUAUCUCCACCGUAGAAUCCCUUCGGCCUUAUAAGCCUCUUGGGGCAAUUCUUGUUACAACACCGCAGGCUGUUUCUGUGGGGGACGUGAGGCGAGAGCUGACCUUCUGCAAGAAGACAGGUUUACGGGUCCUUGGGAUCGUGGAGAACAUGAGCGGCUUCGUCUGCCCGCACUGUUUGGAAUGCACCAAUGUCUUUUCCAAAGGAGGUGGACAGGAGCUGGCCAAGCAUGCCGAGGUCCCAUUCCUAGGAUGCGUGCCUCUGGACCCCCAGCUCAGCCAGAGCUUGGAACAAGGCAGAGACUUCCUCCAGGAAUUUCCCAAGAGCCUGGCGUUCCCUGCGCUCGCCGACAUCGCCCGGCAGAUCUUGGCUGGGGCGUCCGCUUGCAGCUCCUGA